AUGUCGGCGCCCACGACGCGGAGCACCGAGUCGCUGGACAUCUCGCUUGAACCUCACUUACUCGAUACACUUCGGCCUCUUUCUUCCGUUCUUCCUCCUGAACUCGCUGCUCGGCUGCAAAGCUACAUCGCGGAAGAAUCGCGUUUGUCCACCUUUCCCGCUGUCCCGUAUGCGCUACUCUCCUCCAUCUCCGCAUGGUCCCGCUCUUCCGAAGGAGAGCGUGCUUUACGCGCACAUGUUCCCGCACUGCAACAGAGUGAUUAUACUAUGAUAGCGCUGCUAGCUGGCACUCGGACUUCGCCUGGCCGCAAAUUUCCCCCAAUGCCUGUUUCCUCAUCGCAGUCCGAGGACGCACGAAGAAAGGUCAAUGACAGACGUGCGAUCACAGCCAUCCUCAAUGCCCUCCUCAGCAUUAUCGGGUCAGGUGUCGCAACGUGGUGGGCAGCGGGAAGGCUUGAUUGGAAGGACGAAUGGAGAGUGCUUCUGUCUCUGUUUGUCGCUGCUGUUGUCGCCAUUUCUGAGGCUAUUCUCUACACGAUCUGGGACGCCCGACGCUCUAAUAGACCUCUAGUCCCUCGCGCGAAAGUGCUUGCGGAGCAAUAUUUUCUCGAUUCUAAUCGGGACAAGAAGGAGGAUGCGGCCGAGGCUGUCCCAUCAGCUUUAUCCUCCACAGGGAUUUCAACUUCCACUGCUAUUCCUAUCUCCGACAGUCCACAGACUGUACUGCGAGAACGAAUUGUAGCGAGUAUUGACGAGCUUUGA